AUGGGGUUUGAAGGGAAACAGAGAGAAGAAGAAGGAGAGGGAGUAAUGGCUACAGAUUUUUUCUGGUCAUAUACAGAUGAGCCCCAUGCCUCUCGCAGAAGGCAGAUCCUCUCUCAGUAUCCUCAAAUCAAACAACUCUUUGGCCCUGACCCCUUUGCUUUCCUCAAGAUUGCUAUGGUGGUUGUUCUUCAGCUAUGGACCGCAACCUAUCUCCAUAAUGCAGGUUGGCUGAAGAUAUUGAUAGUAGCUUAUUUUUUUGGAUCUUUCCUCAACCACAAUCUCUUCUUAGCCAUUCACGAGCUAAGCCACAAUCUAGCCUUCUCAAAGCCAGUUUACAACCGUUGGCUCGGGAUUUUUGCUAACCUUCCCAUCGGUGUACCCAUGUCUGUAACUUUCCAAAAGUAUCAUCUUGAGCACCAUCGCUUUCAAGGGGUGGACGGAGUUGAUAUGGAUAUCCCAACUCUCACUGAAGCCCAUCUGGUGAAGAAUAUCGUUUCUAAAUCAAUAUGGGUUAUUCUGCAACUCUUCUUUUAUGCUCUCCGACCAAUUUUUAUCAAACCAAAACCACCGGGAAUAUGGGAGUUUGUUAAUUUAAUUAUCCAGCUCGCCCUUGAUGCUGUUAUAGUACAUUUUUGGGGAUGGAAGUCAUUUGGUUAUUUGAUACUGUCCACCUUCGUCGGAGGAGGGAUGCACCCCAUGGCCGGUCACUUCAUCUCCGAACAUUACGUAUUCAAGCCGGAUCAAGAAACAUAUUCUUAUUACGGUCCCUUGAAUCUUAUGACAUGGAGCGUAGGAUACCACAACGAGCACCACGAUUUCCCUAGGAUUGCCGGGACCAAGCUUCGAAAGGUGAGGGAGAUUGCACCGGAGUUUUAUGAUAAUUUAGAUUCGUAUAAAUCUUGGAGUCAGGUAGUUCAUCUGGCUUUGCAAAGAACAUAUGCUUUCCCAAACAAAUCAAGUGGUUCGAAGCUGUUGUGGAUUCACAGGGACGGAGAUGGUUGUGUCGGGGCGAAGCUGCUACGAGAGGUCAAAUGCAUCUGGGUGGACAGUUUUGAGUGUAUCGGUGGUUUUGGGGGUGGCGUUUGGGGUUCUGUCUGUGGUGGCCGCCUUGGCUGUGGCGGUGCCAGUGACUCUAGUGAUGUGGAUUACCGUGCUUGUGCUUUUGACUUUUUGUAG